AUGGCGUCCGGGCAGAUCGACUCCGUCAAUCCCCCCGGCGCCGCCGCCAACGCCUCCCGCCGGCUGGGCUCGAUUCUCCUCGACCGUCAGCGGGCCUACAUCACCAACGGCAAUAGAAGUAACCUGACCACGGCCACUGCCACAUCGAAGGGAGACUAUGUCGUAUCCGUCUCCUUCUGGAUGGCGGAGCCACCGGGUAUCUCCUGCUUCUCCGUGUACUGCUACAUGCUGCCCCGCGACUUUACUGUUCUGCCUCACGUGGCCGGCGGCUACGGCGAGUCGCCGUCGCUCGAAUGGGUUCCGCUUCCCGACGACGACAACAUGGGCACCGCUCUGGGCAGGGUCUCGGAGUUCGGCGUUGUGCUCGGUGAACACAGGGAUCAUUACCUCCUGGCCGCUCUAUGUGACGCCCCUGAUGCCCCCGCAGACUAUCACCUUCGAAUCUACUCGUCCGAGACCAAAGCAUGGAGCACUAGGACACUGCUCAAUCCAUGCCCCGGAGUACGAAAGAUUAUACCUGAUAAGGUGAUCGCGCUUGGAGAAGGCUCACUAGGUUGGGUUGAUUUCUCAUGCGGCUUGGUGGCAUGUGACGUGCGUCAAGAUCCCCCUGUUGUUCGUUUCAUACCAUUGCCCGAGCCAUUGCCUGGAAACAGAGACAAAGUUGAAGCAUCCCUCCCAAUCCCAAGAGCUGCUGCAAGGUCGUUCCGGGAUCUGGUAUGUUUCAGUGGGGUGCUCAAGUUUUUUGAGAUGGAGCGUCACAUGACUGAAGAGCCUAACGACCCCACUGACAAGGAUGUUCUGUACGAUUCAGACUUAAUCACGUCGCUCAAGCGCAAUGGCGUGGAUGAGAAGAAGCCCAAGUCAAGGGAUUGUUGGAGGGCCGUGACCUGGAGUCGGACGGCUUUUGGCGCAAGGAAUGCACUCUUAGUGGCACUGAAGUCUCGGCAUGUCGCAAGAUGGUACGGGUGGGGAGCUCUGCCAAUAAUAGAAAGAAUGCAUCGUAUCCUGGCCAUGGCUACUGAGAGAACCAAGCGUGCACGAAAUGAAGCCCACAGUAUUGUUCAGAAUGAUCAUGUUUCAGAAGUCCAACCUGUUCAAACCAAUCUGACACCGCAGCAAUGCGUCAACAAGCUGGAUCAGCCCCUCAACCCUGUGUAUGAACAGCAGCCAUCACCAUCCAACAAGCCGCUCGUCGAGUUUCAUCAUCUUAAGGCUGCCCAGCCAUGCUUCAACAAAUGGGCUGGAACCAGCUACCUUGGGUAUUCAGAGCAACUCCCUGCCUGUAACACAUUCCCUUAUGACACACACUCAGACUAUGGCACCUAUCAACAGCAAUUGCAGCAGCCUCCCCUUUCCGAGGAGCUGCCUGCCAGUGCAUCCGCUCCUCCAAUCUCGUCCUGCAGUUGCAAGGAAACACUAGUUUUGGAAGAUACUGAAGAUGCUGAUUUAGCGGUGGCAAAGCAUGCAGUGAUUGGGAAGGUUCUGGCACCCGAUUUAGUUCAUUUGCAAACCAUCAUGUCUGCUAUGCGACCAGCUUGGGGUAACCCAAGGGGUUUGGAGAUGAGAAUGGUGGGAGACAACCUUUUCAUUGCUGAAUUUGAUGCCGAAGUUGACAAGAACAGAGUUCUUGAGGGCUCCCCAUGGUUUAUAGGCCUCCAAGCUGUAGGGCGUCAAGCUGUGAUUUUACAAGAUUUUAAUUGUGAUCUGCGGCCAAGCGAUGUAAUUUUUGACGAAUUGGCUAUUUGGAUCAACAUCUUGAAUCUCCCUUUUGGCCUACGGAAUGAAAAAUGGUGCUAUGAGCUUGCAAGCAAGAUUGGAAAAAAGGUGUUAAAAGUUUAUGUGGAUGAACAAAAAAGAACAGUGGGAAAGGAACUAAGAGCGAGGGUGAUUAUUCCGAUAAAUGAGCCAUUGGCUAGAGGAGUAUCUGUGUUUUCAUCCAGGAGACAGAGGAAGGAAUGGUAUGAUGUGGUGUAUGAGAGAGUUCCAUAUUUUUGUUUCUCAUGUGGCAUUAUUGGCCACUGA